CAAACCCCUGCGCCUGAUUCUGAAGGCCGCUCAGCUUUGGGCAGAUGCACACUCCACAGGGAGCCUCAUUUGCAGGAGAUGAGUGUUCCCUUGUUCUAUUUUAACCAUUGCCACAGGGUCGGGAAAGGUUUUGCUUGAAAUUGGUGGUAAACGGUGAUAGCCAAGCUUUCUCCUUCACCGGAGAAAGCGAAUCACGACUUGCACAGUAUUUAAUGGCUCACGAGUAAACACGUUUUCUUCCCGCCCCUGUCCGCACUUUUGGAGCCAGCUCUGGCAGCUGCGGACACCGGGGCAACGUCCUGCCGGGCUCUGGAGGGAGGACGAUGAGCAGACCAGAGCAGCACUUCCCGCGGCGGGGGAAGCUCCGGAAACCGACCCUCGCUGAUCCCUCCCACCCAGGACCUAGUCACGGUGAUAAACACCAGUCCUGGCCCUACCGGGGAAGGGCGAGUUCAAGCGCAGGGUGUCCACCGUACAGCGGGUUGGUGGGGCGGACGCCUAGACACCCGGCCAGGCUCUGCGCAGCUCAGCCGCGGCCAACAGAGCGGAGCCGACCGCGAUCACUGCGCCUGCGCGUCCGGGUCCAGCUCACGCCCCUUUCUGCGGCGGCGUUGCCAGGCCGCCGUCGCUUAGCAACGCAACGCAAGAGUCACAGUUGCCUCGCUCUCGGGCCUCAUUCCUAGCAAGGCUAUGUCCCCGUUCUUCUGGUAGAGGCUCUUCGUUGCCACGUGCCAGGCCGUAGGAGCCCAUGGAAGGAAAGGAGGAAAAGCUGCAACAGCAUAAAAUAGAAGAUGAUGGUAUAGUAUAUGCAACUGAGAAAGAAGAAGAAAUCAUACAUGAAAAAAAACCUGGGAAAAGCAUACAACGUUCAAAACCAUGUGUGAGGAGAGGACGUGUAGAUUAUGCCAAAUUCAUUAUCACAAAUGCAAGAACAUUCUAUGAACCAAUUCCCUACAUAGAUUCCAAAAACAAGACAGAGGACCAGAGUGACUGGUGGUCAUAUAGUAAAGCACUGGAACAUGUCUUCCAACCACCCUAUGAUACUAAGAGCACCCAGAGGAGUGACUUCCAAAAACCAACAUGUCCAUUGACUUUACCUGUCAAACACAGCAAGAUGCAAAAGGCUUCUUCUGGAAUAGUUCCACUUGCCUCUCCAGAUGCAUCAGCAGAACUUCAAAACAAGUUUACAGAAUACAUGUCUUUUAUACACCAAUAUGAUUCCAGGAAAACUCCCAAUGAGCCCAUCCGGGGAAAGAGACUUGGAACUUUUGUGCAGAGAGAGAUAAAACCAGGGAGUAGGCCAAUAGUUCCUAAGGGAACAGAGGUAUUACUGAAUGCUCCGGGGCGGUGUUCAUCAGAACAGUCGAAAAAAACAGAGAAAGGAAAUCCAGCGGGAAGCAGAAUGAUCUCACCAGGUCUCUGCCAACAAAAUUCCCAAGAGCUGUUAGAGACUUAAAACUCACUUAUCAGAAACAGACGUCGGACAGGCAGCCAAGGCAUGCCCCAGAAGCCCUGAGAGGAGAGAAGACGCAACUAUAGGACAUUCUCUUCUCACCAGGCCAAAGCCUUUAAAGCCACCAAUAAAAAAUC